AUGCUGCCAUCUGUGAUUUCCGUCUUAUUUUUCCUGCUCUAUGCAGUGAACGCUGUUCCGCUGGCGCCCCGGGAGAGCGCGCUCGCCGGGAUCGACACCAAGUCAUUCUCUAAGACCAAAGAUUAUCCUCUUCCCAAUCUGGGCAACAUCGUCGCCCAUGACCCUAAUGUCGUUCAACAUGACGGCUAUUUCUACUUGUACAAAGGUGGUGUCGGCACUGUCCUGGACGAGUCCAGCGUGAUCCAGAAGCAAAACCGCUCUCGUCCUUGGGCGCCUACGACCAUUCAGCACGACAACCGUUUCUACUGCUUCUACGCGAUUAGCGAGAAUGGCAGUCGCGACAGCGCCAUUGGAGUCGCCUCUUCGGACACUCCCACCGGUGGAAACUGGACGGAUCAUGGCGCUGUUGUCAACACCGGCAACGGAGACCUGUCGGACAUCUAUCCCUACUCAGUCUCCAAUGCGAUUGACGGCGCAUUUAUCACCGAUCAAGAGACUGGACAGUCUCACCUACUUUACGGGAGCUACUGGCAUGGCAUCUUCUCGGUGCCAUUGGCUGAUGAUCUCCUCUCCGUCAAAACCCCGAAGACCCCGAACGCGACCAACCUGGCCUACAUUCCAGACGCCAAGUCGAAGCCUAUCGAGGGCUCUUUCAUGACUUACAAGGAGCCUUACUACUAUCUGUGGUUCAGCCACGGCAAGUGCUGCCACUUUGAUAUUCACGCUUUUCCGCCCAUGGGAGACGAGUACAGCAUUCGAGUCGGCAGAUCUAAGAGCGCGACAGGUCCUUUCGUGGACAAGGAUGGCCAUGAUACCCUCAAGGGAGGCGGUACCAUCGUCUACGGAUCCAACCAUGGAGUUGUCUAUGCCCCCGGUGGUGUGGGCGUGUUGAUCAACAACGGCAGCGACGCGGAUGUCUUGUAUUACCAUUAUCUCAACACUACAUCUGGUUUCGCACAGGGCGACGCGCACUUGGGAUGGAACUAUCUGCACUAUGUAAAUGGAUGGCCAGUGGCUGUCGAGGGUAAAUCUAGCAUAAACGCUACAUCAACCGAAAGCAGUGGUCGGGCUAUCCAACCGAACCACUCGCUCAAUUCACUAGCGCUUCUGUUCAUUGGUGCAUUCCUUUGGCUCUACAGUUGA